CCAAAAAGAAAAUUUUUCUCUUCAUCUCAAGAACAUGUUCGAAGUAGUGGACACGAUCUGUCGAAUUCUUCUUCUUCAUUGUUAACCACUCGAAAUAGUUUGCUAGCAUAGUUGUCACGAUGAUAACGAGCAUACCAUACCGGUCCGGCCAAGAGAGGAGCUGACACUUGCUAGGUACCAGGGCACUGGAGUCGUGUCUUUCCUGUCGUCCUUCAUACCAACUUCAAGCACAAAUCGAAGCAAGGUUUUCACGCUCUGGUCUCAGGCGCGACCUCGACACCACAACUAAAGAUAGCUAUGGCAUGCCACAUUGAGCCUAUUGCGACUUUGCCGUCUAGGCAUUGAUGGGAGGAAGGGUUGACAUCCCAUGCGUGAACAGAUGAUGACACAGGAGGCUGGCAAACGGACGCAAGGAGGUUCUGACGGGUCACGCAGAGGUGACAAUUGGAAGCGAGUGACAAAAGCUUGCGGUACGACUGACUUGCACUUGGCCAACCUAGGCCGUAAGAACACCUCGAAUCAGGUACGGCUAAAGGGAUUCACUACAGUUGCGAAGCAUUCUGUGUCAUUUUCGGCUUGGCCUAAAGAGCAACAAUUGCUCAUGAUUGAUUCUGUGCCAUGAGGUUUGACGUAGCGUUCAGCUCUGGCCUUACCGACGAUGAAUCUCCUUGACAGAAAGAACGAUGAAUCAGCGGCAGGGCCCUGAUGGAUGAUGU